AUGAUCCAGCAGGUGGAGCUGUCUAACAGCACGUUGCCACAGCAACACAGGAUCACUGCAUCCGUGGAGAUAGAGAAGACCAGGGAGCCUCUGUACCAGCUCUUUCACUAUGGCGAUGUGGUACGACGCCCUCACUGAUAGUAUGAGUAUCACCCAUAACACCCUGGGACAAUGCCUCCCAAACAACAUCUAAGACAGACAAUGUUCUGUAGGAAUGUUGUAUAUUGUCAUUUAAUUCCCAAAACAUAUUGUUCAGCUUUCUUUACAGGUUUGGAGAUUGAUUUUGAUUUAUGUUAUUAUUAGUGUCUUGUAUCUUCAGAAUGCCUAGCCCACAUGGGUUUAUAAGACAAUGUAUUCUUGAUUCAUAGUUUGCAUUUAAGGAUGGAGUGUUCACUGUGGUACAAUAUAAGCAAUAACUGAGUAGGCAUGAUUUGAAUAGCAUGCAUAGAUAAAUAAAUCAAAUAUAUUUUAAUCCUGCUUCUGUCAUUGCUGGCAUUGGAGAGGAAAUGACCAAACCUGUUAAUGUUAUAAAACACUGCUGUCUCCUUUAUCUGCCCUGAACAUGUCCUGAAGCAACCUCUCCUCUCCAGGAGUUGGUCAACAAGGAUGCGGCCGUGCUCUUUGCCUUCCACUCUGCUGCCAGUGCUCCGAAGGGCCUCUACCACAGAGUGAAGAAAGGGUGAGUGGGACACACAGAUAGAAGAAAAGAGAGAGAAAGAGGAAGAGAGAGAGAGGGACACACAUACAGGCAGGCAGGAGAUAGACGGACGGAUGGACGGACAGAAUGGGGCAAAGAGGUCGAGGAUGUGGGGAGUACAGUCUAAUACUUUAGGUUCGAUGCUAUUGUUUAACUCUUCAUAUUCUGAUCCAGUUUACCAGGGUUGUCUCAACACCUGCGGUCCUGUCCUGUAAGUGUGCUUCCUGUGUUCCAGCGCUGUCCUCAUGUGCCUGGGCAGAGAAAGGGGCAGAUGAGAUGGGUCCUGAUGGCGUAGUUGUCCACUCAGAUGCCUUUCCACCGGAGGCCCCUGUGGACACGCUUGGAGCAGUCAACACUUUCAACACAUCGGUGAUCUACACCCUGUCAUCAUGGUGAGGAAGCCACUGGGCUCAUCAUAUGUGCUUUAGUUCUAUGGUUAUUUCGGCGUUUCCGCACCGAGGACCACAUUGGAAAUCUGUGCCGUAUGUUUUCUUGUGAUAACUAGCGGCAUCAUACUUUAUCAUCUGUCUUUGCUAUACUACAAACUCAAUCAAUCAAUUAAACAAUAACCUUUCCUUUUGCAGGAGGAAGUCUACAAUAAUCUCAUACGUUAGGUUGCCAGGUAGCCAUGGAUACAAUGAAAUUGUGACAAAGAAAGAAAAUUCUAGCUAACUAUAAAGCAUUUAAUCUGUAUCUGCUUGAUGUGUUAAUGCUGUCCUGAGCUAGAUACAGUGCUAACAUACAUAGUACUUAAAUCAAAUUCCACCUGUUGUACUGUAUAAUUAAGAUUAAUUAAUGAUGAUUGUCCAACAAAAAAGGCACAAACGGUCCAUCUUUUGACAGACAAACUCAUCUGAAAAUAGUUGACUUGAGUUGUACUUCUGAUGGACAAAAAUGGACAAUGAUGUGCGUCAUAUACAAUUUCAACUGUAUUGUAUUGUAUUUAUUAUGGAUCCCCAUUAGUUCCUGCCAAGGCAGCAGCUACUCUUCCUGGGGUUUAUUAUGGAUCCUCAUUAGUUCCUGCAAAGUGUCACGAUCGUCAUAAUGAUUGGACCAAGGCGCAGCGUGAUAUGCGUACAUCUCUUUUAAUAGUGUACUAGCAACAUGAUACAAAAUACAAAAACAACAAAACGAUACGUGAAGUCCUCGGUCAUGAACACAACCCAACACGGAACAAGAUCCCACCAAACACAAGUGCACAACAGGCUGCCUAAGUAUGGUUCCCAAUCAGAGACAACAAGCAACAGCUGAUUCUCGUUGCCUCUGAUUGAGAACCACCCCGGCCAACAUAGAAACACUUAAACUAGAUCGUGAACAUAGAAAACGAAACAUAGACACUACACAAAGAAACUAACACCCUGGCUCAACAUAGAAGAGUCCCCAGAGCCAGGGCGUGACACCAAGGCAGCAGCUACUCUUCCUGGGGUUUAUUAUGGAUCCUCAUUAGUUCCUGCCAAGGCAGCAGCUACUCUUCCUGGGGUUUAUUAUGGAUCCUCAUUAGUUCCUGCCAAGGCAGCAGCUACUCUUCCUGGGCUCCAGCUAAAUUAAGGCAGUUAUAUACAAUUAAAAACAUUACAAUACAUUUCACAACAGAUUUCACAACACAUUAAGUGUGUUCCCUCAGGUCCCUACUCUACAACCACAUAUCUACAACACAAAAUCCAUGUGUACGUGUGUGUACAGUGCGUAUGUUAUCGUGUGUGUGUAUGUCUCUUCAGAGUCCCCGCUGUUCCACAAGGUGUAUUUUUAUCUGUUUUUUAAAUCUAAUUUUACUCCUUGCAUCAGUUACUUGAUGUGGAAUAGAGUUCCAUGUAGUCAUGGCUCUAUGUAGUACUGUGCACCUCCCAUAGUCUGUUCUGGACUAGGGGACUGUGAAGAGACCUCUGAUGGCAUGUCUCGUGGGGUAUGCAUGUGUGUCCGAGCUGUGUGCUAGUAGUUUAAACAGACAGCUCAGUGCAUUCAACAUGUUAAUAUUUCUCACAUAUACAAGUAGUGAUGAAGUGCAAAUUGUGCAUAUAGUGAUAUUAUUAAUGUUAGCUCUCCGUGUACAUUUAAGGGCCAGCUGUGCUGCCCUAUUCUGGGCCAACUGUAAUUUUCCUAAGUCCCUCUUUGUGGCAUCUGACCACAUGACUGGACAGUAGUCCAGGUGCGACAAAUCUAGGGCCUGCAGGACCUGCCUUGUUGAUAGUGUUGUUAAGAAGGCAGAGCAGUGCUUUAUUAUGGACAGACCUCUCCCCAUCUUAGCUACUGUUACAUCAAUAUGUUUUGACCAUGACAGUUUACAAUCCAGGGUUACUCCAUGCAGUUUAGUAUCGUCAACUUGCUCAAUUUCCACAUUAUUCAUUAGAAAAUUUAGUUGAGGUUUAGGGUUUAGUGAAUGAUUUGUCCCAAAUACAAUGCUUUGAGUUUUUGAAAUAUUUAGUACUAUCUUAUUACUUGCCACCCAUUCUAAAACUGACAGCAGCUCUUUGUUAAGUGUUGCAGUGAUUUCACUAGCUGUGGUAGCUGACGUGUAUAGUGUUGAGUCAUCUGCAUACAUAGACACACAGGCUUUACUCAAAGCCAGUGGAAGGUCAUUAGUAAAGAUUUUAGAAAGUAAGGGGCCUAGACAGCUGCCCUGGGGAAUGCCUGACUCUACCUGGAUUAUGUUGGAGAGGCUUCCAUUAAAGAACAUUCUAUGUGUUCUGUUAGACAGGUACAGUGGGGGAAAAAGUAUUUAGUCAGCCACCAAUUGUGCAUGUUCUCCCACUUAAAAAGAUGAGAGUGGCCUGUAAUUUUCAUCAUAGGUACACGUCAACUAUGACAGACAAAAUGAGAAAAAAAAUCCAGAAAAUCACAUUGUAGGAUUUUUUAUGAAUUUAUUUGCAAAUUAUGGUGGAAAAUAAGUAUUUGGUCAAUAACAAAAGUUUCUUUGUUAUAUACCCUUAGUUGGCAAUGACACAGGUCAAACGUUUUCUGUAAGUCUUCACAAGGUUUUCACACACUGUUGCUGGUAUUUUGGCCCAUUCCUCCAUGCAGAUUUCCUCUAGAGCAGUGAUGUUUUGGGGCUGUCGCUGGGCAACACGGACUUUCAACUCCCUCCAAAGAUUUUCUAUGGAGUUGAGAUCUGGAGACUGGCUAGGCCACUCCAGGACCUUGAAAUGCUUCUUACGAAGCCACUCCUUCGUUGCCCGGGCGGUGUGUUUGGGAUCAUUGUCAUGCUGAAAGACCCAGCCACGUUUCAUCUUCAAUGCCCUUGCUGAUGGAAGGAGGUUUUCACUCAAAAUCUCACGAUACAUGGCCCCAUUCAUUCUUUCCUUUACACGGAUCAGUCGUCCUGGUCCCUUUGCAGAAAAUGCUUCACAGUAGGUAUGGUGUUCUUUGGAUGCAACUCAGCAUUCUUUGUCCUCCAAACACGACGAGUUGAGUUUUUACCAAAAAGUUCUAUUUUGGUUUCAUCUGACCAUAUGACAUUCUCCCAAUCCUCUUCUGGAUCAUCCAAAUGUACUCUAGCAAACUUCAGACGGGCCUAAGCAGGGGGACACGUCUGGCACUGCAGGAUUUGAGUCCCUGGCGGCGUAGUGUGUUACUGAUGGUAGGCUUUGUUACUUUGGUCCCAGCUCUCUGCAGGUCAUUCACUAGGUCCCCCUGUGUGGUUCUGGGAUUUUUGCUCACCGUUCUUGUGAUCAUUUUGACCCCACGGGGUGAGAUCUUGCGUGGAGCCCCAGAUCGAGGAAGAUUAUCAGUGGUCUUGUAUGUCUUCCAUUUCCUAAUAAUUGCUCCCACAGUUGAUUUCCUCAAACCAAGCUGCUUACCUAUUGCAGAUUCAGUCUUCCCAGCCUGGUGCAGGUCUACAAUUUUGUUUCUGGUGUCCUUUGACAGCUCUUUGGUCUUGGCCAUAGUGGAGUUUGGAGUGUGACUGUUUGAGGUUGAGGACAGGUGUCACGAUCGUCUGAAGGAGGAGACCAAUGCGCAGCGUUGCGAGUGAACAUGACUUUAAUAUGUAAAGCACGUAAAUACAAAAACAACAAACAAGACGAUGCGUCAAGUCCAAUAUAGACAACAACAGAAACUGAGACACUGGAACAAGGAACAAUAACCCACAACUAACAACAGAAAACCUACAUCUUAAAUAUGGCUCCCAAUCAGAGAUAACGAGCCGAACAGCUGACACUCGUUACCUCCGAUUGGGAGUCAAUGAACACAAACAAGCACAAUCACCCAACAUAGAAAUACCACAACCUAGACACCCCAACAUAGAAAUACACCCAAAACAAAUGAACAUGAACACCCCUGGCUCAAGAAUAAAGGUCCGUGGAGCCAGAGUGUCACAACAGGUGUCUUUUAUACUGAUAACAAGUUCAAACAGGUGCCAUUAAUACAGGUAACGAGUGGAGGACAGAGGAGCCUCUUAAAGAAGAAGUUACCGGUCUGUGAGAGACAGAAAUCUUGCUUGUUUGUAGGUGACCAAAUACUUAUUUUCCACCAUAAUUUGCAAAUAAAUUCAUAAAAAAUCCUACAAUGUGAUUUUCUGGAUUUUUUAUUCUCAAUUUGUCUAUCAUAGUUGACGUGUACCUAUGAUGAAAAUUACAGGCCUCUCUCAUCUUUUUAAGUGGGAGAACAUGCACAAUUGGUGGCUGACUAAAUACUUUUUCCCCCCACUCCUUUACACAGGGGAUGUAAAGCCAUAACAUAUACAUUUUUCCAGCAGCAGAUUAUGAUCGAUAAUGUCAAAAGUUGCACUGAUGUCUAACAAAAAAGCUCCCACAAUCGUUUAUUAUCAAUUUCUUUCAGCAAAUCAUCAGCCAUUUGUGUAAGUGCCAUACAUGUUGAAUGCCCUUCCCUAUAAGCAUGGUGAAAAUCUGUUGUUAAUUUGUUUACUCAAAAAUAGCAGUGUAUCUGUUCAAACACCAUUUUAUCCAAAAGUUUACUAAGGGUUGGUAUCAGGCUGAUUGGUCACGUAUUUGAGCCAGUAAAGGGUGCCUUGCUAUUAUUGGAUAGUGGAAUGACUUUUGCUUCCCUCCAGGCCUGAGGGCACACACUUUCCUGUAGGCUUAGAUUGAAGAGAUGGCAAAUAGGAGUGGCAAUAUCGUCCGCUAUCAUCCUCAGUAAUUUUCCAUCCAAGUUGUCAGACCCCGGUGGCUUGCCAUUGUUGAUAGACAACAAUAUUUUUUUCACCUCUUCCACACUCACUUUACGGAAUUCAAAUGUACAAUGUUUGGAACAUUUGGACAAGUGAGGACAUUUUGCCUGUCCCACACAAGGAAAAAUGCUAUUUUAGGGUAAAGGGUUACAAUUAGGGUUAGGGUUAAAAUUAAGGUUAGGGUUAGGGCUUACGGUUAGGGUCAGGGUUAGGAGUUAGGGUUAGGUUUAGUUUUAGGGUUAGGGUUUUGGGGUUAAGGUUAGGUUUAGGGUUAAGGUUAGGUUAAGGGUUAAGGUUAGGGUUAGGGUUAGAUUUAGGGUUAGGGGUUAGGGAAAAUAGGAUUUUGGAGGGAAAUCAAUUAUUUGGUCCCCACUAGGAGAGCAAUACAAAACUGUGUGUGUGUGUGUGUGUGUGUGUGUGUGUGUAAAAAUGAAAGAUAAACAGGAAAUAUGUCAGUAUCCCACCCUGUCCCGGCCACACACAGCUGGUGUGUACAAAUUCCAGCCACAAACUCUCAAACCCCCCUCACUCUCACACACACACCCAGGGCAGAACAGAGUCACACUUCAUACACAUCAUAAAAUAGUGGCAACUCUCAGGCCCAUUCAGGUUCUCUCAUUCCAACCGGAGGAGACAAUCUGGCAUCGGAGGGCCAGGCUUCAGAGGGCCAGGCUUUAGAGGGCAGGAUCUGGGUUCUUUCCACAGAUGAAGGACAUCUAAUGAAGAAGAAACUAAAAGGGGGAAAACAUGGAAAGGGUGUGUUUCAUGGAGAUCUCUCAGUCUCCACCAGGGUUACCCUAACCAUAACCCUCUCCUCCAGCCCCACUGGACAUCUACACCAGGGUUACCCUAACCAUAACCCUCUCCUCCAGCCCCGCUGGACGUCUCCACCAGGGUUACCCUAACCAUAACCCUCUCCUCCAGCCCCGCUGGACGUCUCCACCAGGGUUACCCUAACCAUAACCCUCUCCUCCAGACCCCCUGAACGUCUAGACCAGGGAUUCCCAACCCUCUCCUCGAGCCCCCCCAAACAUUUCACAUUUUAGUUUUAACCCUAAACUGGCACACCUGACUUAAUUAGUCAAAGGCUUGAUGAUUAUUUGACUUAUUGAAUCAGGUGUGUCAGUUAAGGGUUAAAACUAAAAUGUUAAAUGUCUGUGGUGGCCGAGGAGAGUGUUGGGAAAGCCUGGUUUAGACGUCCAGAGUUGUUAAAGUCCCAUCCCAGCUCAGUGCAGGAGAAACUAAAGGGAAGAGGGGACUCAGUUCGUCAAAAAUGAGAUCUCUGUGUCUCCGUUGAUGGACAGCUGUGAGAUGUUAUUCUUUCCAUGAAUUCACAGGCAGCUCUCCCAGCAUGACUUUCUCUUUUUGGCUUGCAGACUGGAAAAAUGACGUGGCUCAACACUUUCUCUUUCUCAGCCUUUACAGCACAGGUCGAGGGGAAAGCAAAAUGUCAUGUUUAUUAAUGUGCAGGAAUAUAAAUGAAUCAAACCAUUUAUACAUUAUUUGACUAAAGUUCCAAAUGGUUCAGUAAAUCUUUCAGGAAAAGUGGUCCAGUUAUGGAAAUACUUGAUUCCGUACCAUAUACUGUGUUUAUUAAUAAAUCACAGGACUUGGAUCACUGCCUAUAUACAUUUAAGCAGUCACACAAGAGCACUGAACCGAGAGGUCUGCUCAAACUACAUACUGCGCUGACAGAAGACAUCUCAAAACAUGACAUCAUCACCAUCUCCUUUCCCGCUAGAUUAGAGUCCUAACCCUCUGAGCAGCUAGAUUAGAGUCCUAACCCUCUGAGCAGCUAGAUUAGAGUCCUAACCCUCUGAGCAGCUAGAUUGGAGUCCUAACCCUCUGAGCAGCUAGAGCGCUAGAUAGAGUCCUAACCCUCUGAGCAGCUAGAUUAGAGUCCUAACCCUCUGAGCAGCUAGAUUAGAGUCCUAACCCUCUGAGCAGCUAGAUUAGAGUCCUAACCCUCUGAGCAGCUAGAUUAGAGUCCUAACCCUCUGAGCAGCUAGAUUAGAGUCCUAACCCUCUGAGCAGCUAGAUUAGAGUCCUAACCCUCAGAGCAGAGAAUUAAUCAGAAACAAACUCCUACGGAGACGACAUGGCUGUAAAAUUAAAUAUCUUUAUUUGAACCACACGUGUCGCCAAAUCACACAUUCAAGGCAAAAGGUUAGACUGUGGGGAGGAGGAUCUGUAAAAACAAAGAAGAACUGGACCUUUAAUACAUAGCAUUGCUUUGGUUGGCAUGUGGAAUGACCAGUUGUUAAUGACUUCAUAGAUUGAGUAAACCUUUGGGAUUCCUUUAGCAAUAACAAACACAGAGGUCAGUUUAGGACCAAGUGGAGAAAUACUCAAAGGCACAGAGUAGCAAGAUAGCAGCUUCUCAACCAAAUGCUGAAUCUUCCAAUAGACAUAUCAUUUGAAUAAAACUCCAUGUAUUUGAUUGUAAUGGUGUACAUCUCUGCCAAACAUAUUGGUAUCCAUUUGAUGAUAUGUAAGCUGAAUCGUUUCCUUGUAAAUAACACAUAGUCUAGCAGUCUAAUGCAGCACUGGAUAAUACCAUCCUCAUCCUGUUCUGGUGCGCUAGUGUUGGAAUAGAUCAAAUAUGUAAUGGUUAAGGGGGAACCUAGGACUGGGUUGGGAAACACUGGUCUGCGGAGUAUCACAUGGGCCAUUAGAGGACCUGUAACUAUUCCUCUGUAUCACUGGCCUAUCAGAGGACCUAUUCCUCUGUAUCACUGGGCCAUUAGAGGACCUAUUCCUCUGUAUCACUGGGCCAUUAGAGGACCUAUUCCUCUGUAUCACUGGGCCAUCAGAGGACCUAUUCCUCUGUAUCACUGGGCCAUCAGAGGACCUAUUCCUCUGUAUCACUGGGCCAUCAGAGGACCUAUUCCUCUGUAUCACUGGGCCAUUAGAGGACCUAUUCCUCUGUAUCACUGGGCCAUUAGAGGACCUAUUCCUCUGUAUCACUGGCCCAUCAGAGGACCUAUUCCUCUGUAUUACUGGCCCAUCAGAGGACCUAGUCCUCUGUAUCACUGGCCCAUCAGAGGACCUAUUCCUCUGUAUCACUGGGCCAUCAGAGGACCUAUUCCUCUGUAUCACUGGCCCAUCAGAGGACCUAUUCCUCUGUAUCACUGGCCCAUCAGAGGACCUAUUCCUCUGUAUCACUGGGCCAUUAGAGGACAUAGUCCUCUGUAUCACUGGGCCAUUAGAGGACCUAGUCCUCUGUAUCACUGGGCCAUUAGAGGACCUAGUCCUCUGUAUCACUGGGCCAUUAUAGGACAUAGUCCCCUGUAUCACUGGGCCAUUAGAGGGCCUGUAACUAUUCCUCUGUACAGGGACUUAGUGAUUUGGAGGACCCAGGCAGAGGCCAGUCUGAGCUUCCCCCCCUCCCUCCUCCUAUGGGUUUUAUAGUAAAGACAUGUAAUUUAACUGUAAAAAUGUAUUACUUUUUAAUGUACCAUGACCACAACCAGUCAUGAUGUUUUCAUCUGAUUGUCAAACAAAUCACUUAAAAAGCAUGUUACUUUCGCACGUUCAUUCAAAAUAAUUCCAGCUUCCUCGACGACGAUGGCAGUGUUAUCAGCAGCACCUUUUUACUAAAGAAAUGUGUUCACUUCAAAUGUGUUCAGUUCAAAUGUGUUCACUUCAAAUGUGUUCACUUCAAAUGGGUUCAUUUCAUGUUUCUGUUCAAAUGAAAUCUUCUUUAUUUUUCUUGUCUCUGCCCCGCGCUGAAAGCCCCGCUCUGAAAGCCUAGCACUGAAAGCCCCGUUCUGAAAGCCCAGCUCUGAAAGCCCCGCUCUGAAAGCACCUCAUUGUUGUAGCUCAAUUUCAAUGAAAGUCACGUUUGCAAUCAUAUCGCGUGAAACAAUGCACAGGGUGGAAUGGUCUAUUAUUAUGAACCAGUCCGCGGAUUUGUAAUGACACUUGUCUCUACUAUUAUGAGAAACACUUGGAUUAUAUUCAUAUUGAUAUGAAAUAUAUGUAUAGGUAUGGAAAUAAAUCAUUGAUAUAUUAUGAAUUAUUAUUCGGCAGUAUCGAUUCAUUAACUUUUUGGGGGGGCUUUUUUGUCAACAAUGUGACCUCAUUAACCUGGGCACAGUGGCCAGCAAAGUGAUUAGCUGAGCAGCCCACAACAACGGGUCAUUUGUUGGGGAGCCAUCUGUAUCACUGGGCCAUCAGAGGACCUAUUCCUCUGUAUCACUGGGCCAUUAGAGGACCUAGUCCUCUGUAUCACUGGGCCAUUAGAGGACCUAGUCCUCUGUAUCACUGGGCCAUUAGAGGACCUAGUCCUCUGUAUCAAUAGGCCAUUAGAGGACCUAUUCCUCUGUAUCACUGGGCCAUUAGAGGACAUAGUCCUCUGUAUCACUGGGCCAUCAGAGGACAUAUUCCUCUGUAUCACUGGGCCAUUAGAGGACCUAGUCCUCUGUAUCACUGGGCCAUUAGAGGACAUAUCCCUCUGUAUCACUGGGCCAUUAGAGGACCUAGUCCUCUGUAUCACUGGGCCAUCAGAGGACCUAUUCCUCUGUAUCACUGGGCCAUUAGAGGACAUAGUCCUCUGUAUCACUGGGCCAUUAGAGGACAUAGUCCUCUGUAUCACUGGGCCAUCAGAGGACCUAUUCCUCUGUAUCACUGGGCCAUUAGAGGACAUAGUCCUCUGUAUCACUGGGCCAUUAGAGGACCUAGUCCUCUGUAUCACUGGGCCAUUAGGGGACAUAGUCCUCUGUAUCACUGGGCCAUUAGAGGACCUAGUCCUCUGUAUCACUGGGCCAUCAGAGGACCUAUUCCUCUGUAUCACUGGGCCAUUAGAGGACAUAGUCCUCUGUAUCACUGGGCCAUUAGAGGACCUAGUCCUCUGUAUCACUGGGCCAUUAUAGGACAUAGUCCUCUGUAUCACUGGGCCAUUAGAGGACCUAUUCCUCUGUAUCACUGGGCCAUUAGAGGACAUAGUCCUCUGUAUCACUGGGCCAUUAGAGGACCUGGUCCUCUGUAUCACUGGGCCAUUAGAGGACCUAGUCCUCUGUAUCACUGGGCCAUUAGAGGACAUAGUCCUCUGUAUCACUGGGCCAUUAGAGGACAUAGUCCUCUGUAUCACUGGGCCAUUAGAGGACAUAGUCCUCUGUAUCACUGGGCCAUUGGAGGGCCGACAGACAUGGCCAAGUAAUCAUCCCCUGCUGUCAGAGGGAGCUUCUUAUUUAUGGUCCUGUGUAAACACUUCAUUGUAGCUCGAUUAAUGAUGUCCAUCGGGACCCUCUUAGAGAAAGAGCACAGCGUUCUGUUUAUGAUUCGCUCACUCCUUGUGGCCCUUGGCAGCCAUUCAACACAUCGUGUGCCUGAGGGGGAAACGGGGGGUUCAAGGCAAAGGGGGAGGAAAAUACUUCCUCCUGACUCAUCACCAAGGCUUUCAGACCGACUUUCUCACACUUUGGGGUGUGACUCUGUGUUAGGUUGAAGAUUGUUGAGUCACAUCAUUUGAUUCCCUCUAAUGAUGUAAUAAAGGAUCUAUAGGCCAUGUGGUCCUUUUGCACUGGGGUAUAAGGCAGGGUUUCCUUCUGUACUGGGGUAUAAGGCAGGGUUUCCUUCUAUACUGGGGUAUAAGGCAGGGUUUCCUUCUAUACUGGGGCAUAAGGCAGGGUUUCCUUCUAUACUGGGGUAUAAGGCAGGGUUUCCUUCUGUACUGGGGUAUAAGGCAGGGUUUCCUUCUAUACUGGGGUAUAAGGCAGGGUUUCCUUCUAUACUGGGGUAUAAGGCAGGGUUUCCUUCUAUACUGGGGCAUAAGGCAGGGUUUCCUUCUAUACUGGGGCAUAAGGCAGGGUUUCCUUAUAUACUGGGGCAUAAGGCAGAGUUUCCUUCUGUACUGGGGUAUAGGGCAGAGUUUCCCUCUGUACUGGGGUAUAAUGCAGGGUUUCCUUCUGUAGUGGGGUAUAAUGCAGAGUUUCCCUCUGUACUAGGGUAUAAUGCAGAGUUUCCCUCUGCACUAGGGUAUAAUGCAGAGUUUCCCUCUGCACUAGGGUAUAAUGCAGAGUUUCCCUCUGCACUAGGGUAUAAUGCAGGGUUUCCUUCUGUAGUGGGGUAUAAUGCAGAGUUUCCCUCUGUACUGGGGUAUAGGGCAGAGUUUCCCUCUGUUUGGUUGAGGCAAAUUCCUACUUGGUUGUGGUUAAGGCUGGGUUUUGGGCUAGGAACAUUCUUUCAUUCAUCUGAAGCAUGGAAAGACAUGUCUGAAGGCUUCAGGUCACGGACUGCACAUUUAG